AUGGAUAUUAUUCCCAGAAUACAGGCACUUCCAGAUAUGAACCCAAUGGAAACAGCCAUUUAUUCCCUUCAACUAAUGCUACAAGAAUUAGAAAAAAUAAUGGGACAAAGUAUAAAUGAUUUUGAUAUGGAUAUGCAAACAUUGAAUGACGCUGCAGCCGACAGAAGAGAUCAUCUUGUUAUAGCUUUAAAAAAUGUAAUCAGACGUCGAUUAUUAGAUGCACCUGUGCAGCAUGUAGAUGAUGAAGCCGAGGUAUUACUUAAAUGUCAUUUUAUAGGAUUAUACUUAAGUGUACAAUCUCCGAAAUCAUACAUAAUUGAAGUUAAAAUUUACUCAAUUGAUUUUACGAUCUUAUGUAUCUUAACCGAUAAACAUAACGCCCAAAGAAGAUACAGAAAAAUUGCUAACGCAUGGUCCGAAAUAAUCCCAGAUAACCAUAACCAAUCCCUAAAAUCACUUGAGGAACAGUUACGACUUGGAAUUCCACAAGAUCCACCCAGAUCCUAA